AUGGGAAAUGCCUGUUGGGAAUUGUUUUGUUUGGAACAUGGUAUUCAACCCGAUGGAUUAAUACCAUCAGAUUUAACUGCUAAUGGUCGUGGUGAUGACUCAUUUAAUACAUUUUUUUAUGAAACAGGUGCUGGAAAACAUGUGCCACGAGCAAUUAUGGUAGAUUUAGAACCGACAGUAAUAGAUGAAGUUCGAACAGGUACUUAUCGACAAUUAUUUCAUCCAGAACAAUUAAUAACUGGAAAAGAAGAUGCAGCUAAUAAUUAUGCACGUGGACAUUAUACAGUUGGCAAAGAAAUAGUUGAUUUAGUUCUUGAUCGUAUUCGUAGAGUAGCAGAUCAAUGUACAGGCUUACAAGGAUUUCUAGUCUUUCAUUCAUUUGGAGGAGGUACUGGAUCUGGUUUUACAUCUCUUCUAAUGGAACGUUUAAGUGUGGACUAUGGAAAAAAAUCAAAACUUGAAUUUUCUAUUUAUCCUGCACCACAAAUAUCAUCAGCUGUUGUUGAACCUUAUAAUUCAAUUCUUACAACUCAUACAACACUUGAACAUACAGAUUGUGCAUUUUUAGUUGAUAAUGAAGCUUUAUAUGAUAUAUGUCGUCGAAAUCUGAAUAUUGAACGACCAACAUAUACAAAUCUUAAUCGAUUACUAGCACAAAUCGUAUCAUCUAUUACAGCUUCAUUACGAUUUGAUGGGGCUUUAAAUGUUGAUCUUGGUGAAUUUCAAGUUAAUCUUGUUCCAUAUCCGAGAAUUCAUUUUCCAUUAGCAACCUAUGCACCAAUUAUUAGCGCUGAAAAAGCGUAUCAUGAAUUAUUAUCAGUUGCAGAACUUACAAAUGCAGUAUUUGAACCAGCUAAUCAAAUGGUUAAAUGUGAUCCACGACAUGGAAAAUAUAUGGCAUGUUGUAUGUUAUUUCGUGGUGAUGUUGUUCCAAAAGAUGUUUGUGCUUCAAUAGCAACAAUUAAGACAAAACGAACGAUUCAAUUUGUUGAUUGGUGCCCAACAGGUUUUAAAGUUGGAAUAAACUAUCAACCACCAUCGGUCGUUCCAGGUGGGGAUCUUGCGAAAGUUCAAAGAGCUUUAUGUAUGCUAGCAAAUACGACAUCAAUUGCGGAGGCAUGGGCUCGACUUGAUCAUAAAUUUGAUAUGAUGUAUGCAAAACGGGCUUUUGUUCAUUGGUAUGUUGGUGAAGGAAUGGAAGAAGGUGAAUUUACUGAAGCUCGAGAAGAUUUAGCAGCAUUGGAAAAAGAUUAUGAAGAAGUUGGCAUUGACACAGUUCUUAAUGAAGAAGAGGCUGUCGAUGAGUAUUAA